UGCCAUGGUGCCGGACAAGCAGUAUCAAAUCAUCUGUGUCUGCAAUCACAAUGAGAAGCUACAAGGGACUUUGCGUCCUUGGAUUGAUAGUGGCCGUUGGGUUGUGUUUGGUGCAAGCGAGAGAAAUCUCCAGGCAAACUAGAGAUGUCGAGGACUUAGAGACCGCCGCGUCGCAUCACAAGCACUCGCAUAAAAAGGGCGGCGGCAAGGAACACCAUUCGGAACACCAUUCAAGUCACGGCGAUAAGGGGGAUAAAGGCUACAAAGGGCAUCAUCACCACGAGAAGGGUGAAAAGGGGCACCACGACAAAGAAGGGCACAAGAAACAUUACGAGGAACACGGUGGACACAAGAAGAAACACCACCACGACGAUGGGUACCAUGCUGAGCACCACAAAGGCGAGAAAGGCGAGAAGGGUCAUAAACACGGCGAAAAGGGAUCAUACAAAAAGGGACACAGCACCAAAGGGGGUCACGACGUUCACAAGCUAGACGAGUACAAAAAAGAGAAGCACUUCUUCGACGAGGACCACGACUCGGGCCACCACGAGACGCACGGAGGUUUCCACCACGAGAGCGGUUACAAGAAGGGCGGGCACAAGAAGGGCGGCCACAAGAAGGGGGGACACCAUGAAGACCACUACGGCAAGAAGGGCCACAAAGAGGAUGGCGGGCAUUACCACGAAGACAAGGGUCACAAAGACGCCGGGGGUCACGAUGAACAUUGGCAUCACGAUUCGAAGUAUGGAAAGAAGGGCGGUCAUGAGGGGCAUAAGAAAUGGGGCUACAAGAAGGGCCACCAUUGAGAAGUCUGUUGAUGUUUUUAUUGAUUUGUUGUUAU